CAUGCCGCGCUCCCCGCUGCCAGCGUGAGGCCCGCACCCCGCCGAGCGGGGGGACCCCGCGACUCUGCCCUACCCCACACCCGGGUCCCUCACUCCUUUCGAUGUGCGGCUUUGGACAUGCGGAGGCUACUGCAACCGUGUUGGUGGAUCUUUUUCUUGAAAAUCACUAGCUCCGUGCUCCAUGAUGUGGUGUGCUUCCCCGCUCUGACUGAAGGUUAUGUUGGCUCUCUGCAUGAAAACAGACAUGGUAGUUCUGUGCAGAUACGGAGGCGAAAAGCUUCAGGGGAUCCUUACUGGGCAUACUCGGGUAACUCUGGUCCCGAGCACUGGGUUACUUCCAGCGAGAAGUGUGGAGGGUCUCACCAGUCUCCCAUAGACAUCGUAGACCAUCAGGCCCACAUUGGAGAUGAGUACCAAGAACUGCAGCUGGAUGGUUUUGACAAUGAAUCUUCAAACAAGACUUGGAUGAAAAACACAGGAAAAACGGUUGCUAUCCUGCUGAAGGACGAUUAUUUUGUCAGUGGUGCUGGGUUGCCGGGCAGAUUCAAGGCAGAGAAAGUGGAAUUUCACUGGGGUCAAAGCAACGGAUCAGCUGGCUCCGAGCACAGCAUCAAUGGCAAGAGGUUCCCUGUUGAGAUGCAGAUUUACUUCUACAAUCCUGAUGACUUUGACAGUUUUGGAACAGCAGUUCUAGAAAACAGGGUAGUAGGAGCCAUGGCCGUGUUUUUUCAAGUCAGUCAGAGGGACAAUCCAGCGCUGGAUCCCAUUAUCCAUGGGUUGAAGGGUGUUGUACAUCAUGAGAAGGAGACCUUUCUGGAUCCCUUUGUGCUGAGAGAGCUCCUGCCAACGUCGCUGGGGAGUUACUACCGCUACGCAGGUUCCCUGACUACUCCUCCAUGUAGCGAGAUUGUGGAGUGGAUUGUUUUCCGGAAGCCCGUUCCCAUCUCUUACCAUCAGCUGGAGGCAUUCUACUCCAUAUUCACCACUGAACAGCAAGACCACGUCAAGUCCGUGGAGUACCUGAGGAAUAACUUCCGACCACAGCAAAGACUGAACAACAGAAAAGUGUCCAAGUCUGCCGUGAAGGAUGCUUGGAGACAAGAUAUGACAGACCUCUUGGAAAAUCCACUCGGCACAGAAGCUUCCAAAGCUUGCAGCACUCCCCCCGUCAACAUGAAAGUGCAGCCUGUGAACAGGACAGCGUUACUUGUAACCUGGAACCAGCCGGAAACCAUCUACCACCCUCCGAUCAUGAACUACAUGAUCUCAUAUAGCUGGACUAAAAAUGAAGAUGAAAAGGAGAAGACUUUCACCAAGGACAGUGACAAGGACCUGAAGGCCAUCAUUAGCCAUGUCUCACCUGACAUCCUUUAUCUGUUCAGAGUUCAAGCAGUUUGCCGAAAUGAAAUGCGUAGUGACUUUAGCCAGACUAUGCUCUUUCAAGCUAACACUACUCGAAUUUUCGAGGGGACCAGAAUUGUGAAAACAGGAGUGCCCACAGCAUCUCCUGCUUCCUCAGCCGACAUGGCUCCCAUCAGUUCUGGCUCCUCAACAUGGACCUCCUCGGGGCUCCCCUUCUCCUUCGUGUCCAUGGCCACAGGGAUGGGGCCUUCCUCCAGCGGCAGCCAAGCCACUGUGGCCUCAGUGGUGACCAGCACCUUGCUGGCAGGGCUGGGCUUCAGCGGCAGUGGCAUCUCCUCCUUCCCUAGCAGUGUAUGGCCAACCCGGCUCCCCGCAGCGGCUGCCCCCAGCAAGCAGGCAGGACGGGCUGUGGUGGCCGUCACCGAGGCUUCUGCUGCCGCCUCCCCGGGACCAGAGCGGGACUCGGCACUGACAAAGGACAGUGAAGGAGCCGAGGAGGGGGAGAAGGAUGAAAAGAGUGAAAGUGAGGAUGGGGAGCGGGAGCACGAGGAAGAGGAAGAAAAGGAUGCUGAGAAGAAGGAGAAAAGCAGGGUGACAGCAGCUGCAGAGGAGCGCAAUAGCACAGAGUCCAGCGUGGCUGUGGCUUCCCCCAACUGGACUGCUGAGGAAGGAAAUAAAACCAUAUCGGGGGAAGAACCGAGCCAGAACAUCCCCACAGCUGGAGGUGCCGAGGAGGAGAGCUUUGCCGAAACAGGCACUCAGCCCCAGCAGCUCCCAUCCACCCAAGUGCCGCCAGCGUUCACUGACGAACUGUACCUGGGGAAGAUCCCAAGGAGACCAGAGACAACAAGAAGACCCUCUCUGAAGGAGGACAGUUUUCCAGAGGAAUACCCCUCAGAUAACAAAUUCAUCACCAUUAACCCAGCUGACAAGAACAGCUCCAGCAUGGCCACGAGACCUUCUCCUGGUAAAAUGGAAUGGAUUAUCCCACUUAUUGUGGUCUCAGCACUGACCUUCGUGUGCCUCAUUCUUCUCAUUGCUGUGCUUGUCUACUGGAGAAAGUGUUUUCAGACUGCCCAUUUCUAUGUGGAGGACAGCAGUUCCCCUCGUGUGGUCCCCAAUGAAAGUAUUCCCAUUAUACCUAUUCCAGAUGAUAUGGAAGCAAUUCCAGUCAAGCAGUUCGUUAAACACAUCAGUGAGCUGUAUUCUAAUAACCAGCAUGGGUUCUCAGAAGACUUUGAGGAAGUGCAGCGCUGUACGGCUGACAUGAACAUCACUGCAGAGCAUUCCAACCACCCCGACAACAAGCACAAGAACAGAUACAUCAACAUCCUAGCCUAUGAUCACAGCAGGGUGAAGCUAAGGCCUUUACCAGGAAAAGAUUCGAAGCACAGUGACUACAUUAAUGCUAAUUAUGUCGAUGGUUACAACAAAGCAAAAGCCUACAUUGCUACCCAGGGACCUUUAAAAUCUACCUUUGAAGAUUUCUGGAGGAUGAUUUGGGAACAAAAUACUGGAAUCAUUGUCAUGAUCACAAACCUUGUUGAAAAAGGAAGAAGGAAAUGCGAUCAGUACUGGCCAUCAGAGAACAGCGAGGAGUAUGGGAACAUCAUCGUCACGCUGAAGAGCACAAACAUUCAUGCUUGCUACACUGUGCGCCGCUUCACAGUCAGGAACACAAAGCUGAGAAAGGGUCAGAAAGGAAACCCCAAAGGGCGGCAGAACGAGAGGACGGUCAUUCAGUAUCACUACACCCAGUGGCCUGACAUGGGUGUGCCGGAGUAUGCUCUGCCCGUGCUGACCUUUGUUAGGAGAUCCUCUGCAGCCAGAACCCCAGACAUGGGACCAGUGGUGGUGCACUGCAGUGCUGGUGUUGGCAGAACUGGUACCUACAUUGUGAUAGACAGUAUGCUGCAACAGAUAAAAGACAAAAGCACAGUAAAUGUCCUGGGUUUCCUGAAACAUAUCAGGACACAGCGCAACUACCUCGUCCAGACAGAGGAGCAGUACAUUUUUAUUCAUGAUGCCUUGUUGGAAGCCAUCCUUGGGAAGGAAACUGAAGUAUCUGCAAACCAGCUGCAUAUUUAUGUUAACAGCAUCCUCAUACCUGGCAUAGGAGGGAAGACACGACUAGAGAAACAGUUCAAGCUGGUUACACAGUGUAAUGCAAAAUACGUGGAAUGCUUCAGUGCUCAGAAAGACUGCAACAAAGAGAAGAACAGGAACUCAUCAGUUGUGCCAUCUGAGCGUGCUAGAGUGGGCUUGGCACCACUGCCUGGAAUGAAGGGAACAGAUUACAUUAAUGCCUCUUAUAUCAUGGGCUACUACAGGAGUAACGAGUUCAUCAUAACCCAACAUCCGCUGCCACAUACGACUAAAGAUUUCUGGCGAAUGAUCUGGGACCACAAUGCACAGAUCAUUGUCAUGCUGCCGGACAACCAGAGCCUGGCAGAAGAUGAGUUUGUGUACUGGCCAAGUCGCGAGGAAUCCAUGAACUGUGAGGCCUUUACUGUGACCCUUAUCAGCAAAGACAGACUGUGCCUCUCUAACGAAGAGCAAAUUAUCAUCCAUGACUUUAUCCUUGAAGCAACCCAGGAUGACUACGUUCUGGAAGUCCGCCACUUCCAGUGUCCUAAAUGGCCAAACCCAGAUGCUCCCAUAAGCAGUACCUUUGAACUUAUCAAUGUAAUCAAGGAAGAGGCCUUAACAAGGGAUGGCCCCACCAUAGUUCAUGAUGAGUAUGGAGCUGUGUCAGCAGGAACGCUAUGUGCCCUUACCACUCUGUCCCAGCAACUGGAGAACGAAAAUGCUGUCGAUGUGUUCCAGGUGGCAAAGAUGAUAAAUCUUAUGCGGCCUGGAGUAUUUACAGACAUUGAACAGUACCAGUUUCUUUAUAAGGCAAUGCUUAGCUUGGUCAGCACUAAGGAAAAUGGAAAUGGUCCCAUGACACUGGACAAAAAUGGUGCUGUGAUGGCCAGUGACGAAUCUGAUCCCGCAGAAAGCAUGGAGUCUCUUGUCUAAUUGGAAACCUGAAAAGGCACUUAAUUUGUAGAACUUCUGAAGACUGAGUGAACUUUUUUGAGGCCUUUUUUGCCAGACUCUAGGUUAUACAAUAACCCAAUUACUUUUUUACACUGAUAAAAGUUUUGAUAUUUAUUUUUUGCCAUUUUAUGUCUUAAUGGUAUCCUACUGAGCAUUUGCACCUCUGUUUAUUUCACGCAGUGAAACACAAUUUUAUCUAGUUUGCACUAUAUGAUCAGUGUUACUGCCUAUAAUAUUCUAAUCCAAGACAAGCCCUGAUGUGACAUUCCAUGACAGCAAGCAUACGCUUUUUUUCUGUUUCAUUUAAAUGCAGUGAAGUUUUGCUAACAACAGUGACCCUUGAAUCUUAAAUCUUGAAUGCUAGGCCAGAUGGAUUCUUUCUACAACAGAUACUGAACCCUUCGUAUCGUAUUUAUUCCUUUAAUGAUCAUGUCACAGUUUUGGUAUUCUGCAUUCCAGUGGAGCGGAUGAGCAGUGUUCAUCCUACAGAAGUUGACAGGUGAUGAUUAGCUGCAGUGAAGGUGUAGUAGCCUUGUGGAGCUGAAACAAUUAUUUCUCUAUUGUUUCAAAUUGCUGGUUUGUCCACUUUACAGGCCUAACACUUGCUUCACAUGGAGUAUAUAAAUUACCUACAAUAUAAUUAUAAAUUAGAUGCAAUUCAUAUAUGGGACGCAGUGACAGGUUUUGAUUUUACAAUUUCAGAGCUUACCCAUGUAUUCAGAAAUACAUCAGUUUUAGCUUUUUAACCAGCCCUGUGAUGGGAAAGUGUUUUGGUUUUAUUUUCAUCAGAGCCAAUCCAGUGAGAAACCUACUCCAACCCCCAACACCCAGUCAGACCUGUUUUCAGCUAUAUUGAAGGUAGCAAUAUUUUACAGUACUAAGCUAUUCAAUAUUUUAAACACAUUAAUUUCCUUACUAUUUCUUGACUAUGACCUCACACCUAAUGGUAUGUUACAUGAUGACAGGCGUUUCUUAAUUUCAUAACUGUUAGAUGCCAUUUUUACAGGUGUGUAAUUUUCAUACUUUAGUGCUAAAACAUAAAGUACUGAUCCAUAUUUACUGGUGAAGCAAACUAAUAAAAAACAACUACCUAUAAAGUUACAUUCUCCCUCUUUUUUUUUGCCAGACUAAUUCUUCAGCACAAACCAAGCUUAUUGUGUUAUCCCUCCCACACCAAUGAAGUGGUUUCCCCAGAUUCCAUAAAUAAUUGAAUUAUUGUUUGGAGCAUUUAAGUAUACAUCCUCACUGGCUCCCUUUUGCUGUGUAUUUGGUCACAGUUCAGCAAGGUCCAUCCCUGUUUAACAGGAUUAAGUAAGCACAUACUUAAUUCUCCUGAAAAUUAAAGCUAAUGGUGUCCUUUGUCGUUUGGCUGAGUAGGGAGGGGUGACUGAAUUGGCCUUGAAAAGAAGGAACUAUGUUGUUUCAACCAUCCUGACAUUUAGUAUACAGCUAAAGGCACUAUCCCUAAUCUAUGGCAUUAGUUUCUUUACUUCUAAAUUUCAACUGCAUAAAACAUGCAUUGGAAUUUUUCAGGACUUGUCAAAAUGUUACAGCAUGGUUUUUUCAUUUAAAUGUAAACCCAUUAAUUUCUGCCAGUCCAGCCUUGCUGAAAUACUGCCAUUGGGCAAGGCUCUAUGCAUUUUCACCCACAAGGAAGCUGAAAGUGAACUGCUUAAUAUUGAGAGCAGGUAUUUUGGUUCAAAGCCUCCCAAGGUACAACCCUAAUGUGGCCUCACUGAGAGCAGAAGAGCUGUGCCAGCUGAUAUGAGCUAACAUCUGACCUUCUGUUUUUAAUAAUGGAAAGAUUUCCUAGAAUAGAUACGUUUGAUUAAUACCAAAGUAUUCCAGAAAUCAUCAGCAAGCUUUUUACACCAUCACCUUUUACUUCUCAGUUUGAACCCCCCCUCCACACAAGCAAUCCAAGUAACCGCUCAUGCUGAACAGUGCAGUAUAGCUGUGGUUUCAGUAAGGAAAUCCCAUGUCCAGCAACAGCUAAAAAAUGUCUCAAAACAGUGCUUUGUAGAUUGCAUCCCCUUUGCACUGGGACAGCCCAGCCCCAAGGAGGGAAUCAGUUAACGUCUGGUAGAAGUUAAGGCUGGCUCUCUGGUCACUACCUCCCAGUAAUGAGAAUGGUUGAAGUAAGUUUCCAUGUACUGCUGCUGCAAGGUGUUGUUGAGUGAUCUGUUGGCCAGGGUGCAUCAGGGUAAGAGGCUGGGGACCCCCUUUUGUGCCCCCAGCAGUGAUCCUGGACCCAGGCAAUUCCAGUUGGUUGCACAAAGGAACUCGGAUGAGUUGAAUCAGUUCAGUCUGAAGUAUUUAAGUUCCCAUUGAGGUGUAGGAAGAAGUUAAGAAUUCAAACCCUGACAAGAGGGAAGUGACACAAAGAUUACAGCAGGCAUCAAGAGGGUUGGAUUUGCUCAGUACUUUCAGCUGAUUACUUUUCAUUUCAGUGGCAUGAUGGAAGAUAACUGGUUCAUGACGCACUGCCUGAAUAUCCUUGGUUCAAUCCCUUACCUUCUCGCAGCUUUCAAAAAUCAAUGUAAGAAGGUUGCGGGGGUUGAACUUUGGUAGAUGCUUUGGAAAUCCAUGCACUUGCAUUGGCAUUUUCCCACACCUGAAAUACUUGCUUGGAGUUUAAUCUAUGGGGAAGUAAUGUUCUAUGAGUUCUCCAUGGAUUUUUCUCUUAAGGGGGCUCAAGCUGUGUGUUCAGCGCUGUGCUGACAGUCAGGAAACCUAUAGAUGGUAGUGAUGCAUUAGGCUUGAAGUGUAUGAAGCUAGGAAUUGCUUGUGAAGGUCAGGAUUAAGAGAGUGGAAAAGCCAAAUCUAUCCUACUGGAAGCAGGUGCAUGGAUUUGCAUCCUUUCUAUGGGACUCAGGAGUGUGUGUUCAGAGAGGUGCUUUCAGAGCUCUGGUGAGAUGCUCUUGUGAGUGUGUGGCCAAAGUCCCACUCUACAGCCUUGCUGUUGCCACACCAACCCCUUUCACUACCUGCUUUAACCACUUGUUGGAAUUCAGUCAGGAUGGCUUUCAAGCAUCACAACUUCCCAGCCUGCAAAUUAAGAGAACCGAGUAUAUCCCGUCACUAUGAAAUGUGUUCCUCAGCACCAGCCUUGAGAAGUAAGGACAUAAAGGACUGAAGUGUACAUCCAUAUGUGUGUCUACAUUUAGAAAUACUAUAUCUCCGUGUCUUGCACAUGUACUGCACCUGUAGAACAUGUGAAAGACAGAAGAUUUCUAUGCAUUGAGCCCAUAAGAGCAGCCAAGCUUUCCAAGAGGGAAUGCUUGGAAAGCUGCUGUGUCAUCUGAGCAUCUAAAAUGGGUGAGUCUGAGCUGAAUGCCCCUAUACUACAGACACAGGGUGUGGGUAGGAGGAAGGUCUGGGAGAGCUGAUUCCUCUGCAGGACCAAAAUGUAAAGAAUGUUCAUUUUAAACAGCGUUUGUCCUUAGUAUUUCACAGUGUCUGUUUCCAAUAUGAAUAUAGGAACAGGAAAACACAAAAAUCCUAAACCCUAAAGCUAAUUCUGUGUGACUGUUGCUGUGAUGUGAGUCUGUUCUAGGUUAGUGGAAUCAUUUACAGGAUCUGCAAAACUUCCAUUGUUUUUCCAGUUUCUGACUGCUUGAAUUGCUUGAACCCUGAGUGAUGUAUUGGAACAUUAGGAGAAGAAUCUUUAUGACACAGCACAACUGCCUUCUUACCAAUCUUUUUGGUUUUAAGCUGAUGUAUUUUAUUUAAAAGCUAAAAAAACACAGAUAUUGAUUCUACCAAAGAUACGUAACUACUAAUUCUCAGCAAAACAAAAACAAGUUAAUUUCAAAAUGAAGAAAUGAAAUGUAGUUGUCUUAAAAGAUUUAGCAGUCUUUCUCAAAUCCAUGUCCUUGGACAUCAGAUCUUGUGUUCUGAAGUUUAUGUUCAAACGGUGCCAGUGAAUUUUUAUGUGAAGGGAAAAUGCCUAUUUGUUAACCCACUGCAUUGCUUUGCUUCUUUUCUUUUUUGCCACAGACAUAAUUCCACUCUUACUGUUACCCUUUGCUCUUCUUCUCUUUGUUGCCAUUCUAACAAUGUGAACCACAUUGGCUUUACUUAUCAGAGGAGAAGGAAUGCAAACAUAAAGAAAGAAGGAACUGUAACGAAGAGAUUUGGCCUCUACUUUGUCUUAGCUGUUUAAAGUGUUUUUAGUGUUUUUGUUAACUCUUUGAAAAAGGAAGCGUUUUCUACAGAGGAUAAUUAAUUUCAAGCAAAAUGUCUUGAGUUUUACGAAUAAAACGUCUCCAAAAGAGGAGACGAGUCAAUUUUAUACAAGGUCACAACUCUCCAACAUUUGGGGUAGUGACUCUUUGUGUUGUGUUUAGGACAUUUGAAACUAGUGAGCAGCCAUUGUUUCUAAAGACCGAAGCAUUCACGUGUACUCCUCAUUUCUUUUCUCCUUCAUUUUUAAAAGAGCAAAGUCAUUAAAACUGUAAAUAUUUUGUUGCUUGGAUAUAAGCAUCUUCUGGGAACUUUGUAUCUAUGGUAUAUAAUCAUAGAAUUUUAUAUUUUCAUAUAAAGCUAAUUUUUUUCUAGUUUCACCUCCUCCCUAGUUCUGUGGUGGUUAUGUGAAUACAUACCUUCUGUGUACCCAGGUAGUGAGACACCAUCAGCACACUCCAAACAAGGUUUCCACACAUGUCAUUCCUUUGGGGCAGUGAUUGUGACAAGUUGGGGUUUAGUUUUAUUUUGAUUCCAUUGUCAGUGUGUGCAAUAGGAAUUAGACUUUAGCCAGUCACUGGAUACGUUUGUCUCAUUGAUCCAUUCAGAAGAAACAAAAGCAAAUGUGGUGUUUGGUUUGGGGACAGGGUGGGAGGGAGUGUUCUGAGGGAGAUUUUUUGGUUCGUUCUGGUUUGGUUUUUGUUUGGGGGUUUUUUGUAACUUGAAGAAUCUUCUUUUUUUUGUUAUGUUAAACUAUAUCAAAUCAUUCUAUUAUAGUGUUAUUUAAUAUGUAAAUUGUAUUGCUAUACAUAAAAUAAAGUAUGGUUUUUGAUGUA